CUCAACCUUCACAACCUUCCGUGUUCUUGCAUGUCAUUUUAGGGGUUGAGUAGCAAGAAACCCAGUUAAGGUUUCUUAACCUAUCAACUCCUAAACCUUCUCGUAUAUUUUUUCCUCAAAACCAAAAGCAUGGCUAUUCUCAACAGUCAAAAUCAUAUGGCCUUAGCCUUUGGUGUUCUAGGGAACGUGAUCUCCUUCAUGGUGUAUUUGGCUCCCCUGCCAACUUUUUAUCGGAUUCACAAAAGGAAAUCCACUGAAGGUUUCCAAUCACUUCCUUAUCUGGUGGCACUGUUCAGCUCCAUGCUUUGGCUGUACUAUGCUACUCUCAAGCCAGCUGGUGCUACUCUCCUAAUUUCCAUUAACUCAGUGGGAAGUGUCAUUGAGACGGUUUACAUUGUCAUGUUCUUACUCUAUGCCACCCAUGAUGCCAGGAAGUUAACCGUUAAAUUGUUUAUGGUGAUGAACGUGGGUUCCUUUGCCUUGAUCUUCAUCGUCACCUACUUCACUAUGCAUGGUGCCCACCGAGUCGCAGUCGUUGGAUGGGUUUGUGUAUCUAUUGCAGUAGCUGUUUUUGCAGCACCCUUGAGCAUUGUGGCACAAGUUAUUCGAACCAAGAAUGUGGAGUUUAUGCCCUUUAACUUGUCGGUUUUCCUGACGCUGAGUGCCAUAACGUGGUUUUCCUAUGGUUUCUUCCUCAAGGACAUAUGCAUUGCUGUUCCAAAUGUCCUGGGUUUCGCAUUGGGACUACUUCAGAUGCUGCUGUAUGCCAUAUACAGAAACAGUAAACCGAAGAAUGUUGCAAAGGAGGAGCCAAUGAAAAAUAUUGUUGUGGUGAAUCCGUUGGGAACGUCUGAGGUGUACCCAGUUCAAGUAAUCGACAAAGAGAAAGAAUGUCCCAGAGAAGACGAGAAAGGUGUUGAAGCAAAGGAACGCCCGGCAUAAACAUCGUAUAUACUAUGCUCAGUGCUUAGGAGCACUUCGAAGCAUCCUAGGAAAUAAAUAUUAAUAGUCGGUGACUGUUAUGUUAAAUUCUAAUUCUCUUGCUAUCUAUGAACUAUACCCUUCAUCAUCAAGAAUUUUCAUAAUAGUUACCUCA